CUAUCAACUCAAUCUACAUGAUGGCCCUCACUCACUCCUCCUUUUCUUCGGGCGCUCCUCCUCACUAUCAUCUACGACCAUCUCACCAGACUGGUAGUGCAGGGCCUCCAUCUCCCGCCUGUAAUCGAUGGCCAUCUGCUUGGCCUCUUCGUCGCCGUACUUCAAGGACUUGCUCUUCUGUUCGCCGCCCUGGUACCAUCUGGCCAGCCAUCUGUGCUUGCUCUUGUCGUAGCUGACGCCCCUGACACCGCUCUGUCGCCCUGCCGGCGCUCGCACAGACGCCCGCCCGGUGCGCUCCAUCUCGGCACGGUGCUGCUCAGCCAACACCUGACAUGCACACAGAUACAUACAGGUGCAUCAUGAGGCUGACAAGAAAGAGCCUGAACUUCAGCCGAUUACGUGGUUACCUUGGCCUCGUCCCCGUGCUCCUUGACAAGGAAGUACUUGUGCUUCAGCUUGCCGUCAGCCUCCAUCAUGGGUUCGUUUGGCCUGAAGUCCGAUGAAGCUGGGUUUGAGUCCUAUGCAGGCGCAGGUUCAGUGAAAUGAGGUCAGAGGGACACGAGCAGCUGAGGGAAAUGAUCUGAAAUGGACAAACACGGCUGCGGUGAGUCUCUGUACAUGUGCGCAACGCAGCACCGCAACAGCCAGACAUACGCACCCCACACACAUGGAUGGAUGGAUGGAUGGACCUGUUGUGGGUGUGAUUCAUCACUCUCCCUGAGGCCGUCCUCGUCCUCUACGUCCACCAUCAAUCCAAUGAAAAUUUUCGUUCAUCAUCCAAUGAAAUUUUGCGUUCAUCAACACCCCAGCAUGCGAAAAAAACCCGUCGGGGAACAUUGGGAUUUAUAUCUCUGGAGUGGCUGCCCAGGCCUCCGGACGGGGGUCUGCUGAGUGCCUGUUGUCCGAAAUUGUAUCACUCACGCUCCUUCUGUCACUAGCAUCGCUUU